AUGCCCGUUCUGCACUCCGUGCUCUGGGAGACGCCGUGGCUGCCGGUUAGCCGUCAAGAUUACUUCCGUCCUGACGGCCGGUACCUCUUCAUAACAGGCUCGCGUGACUACUGCGCUGGAGUGAAGCAUUUCCACCUCAGCCUGACGUGUCUGAUCGCGGAGGCGGCGUAUCUGAACCGUACACUGAUUCUGGACAUGACUCAGUGCGUGAACGCGUGGCACAGUGGAGGCAUGCACCAUAUCAGAUCCAUCCACGUGUACUAUGACCUGGAUUCGCUGAGAACCGUGCCCUUCACGCCGCUCCAGGGUUUUCUGAGGGGGGCGCGCGAGUGGCAGGUGCAGGAGAGGCGGGUGGGGCGGGAGGGGGCUAUCCGCGCGCGUGUGGUGGAUGAAAGGGCGCCCAUGGCCGCACUGGCCGCGGAUGAAGCUACCCCCCUGAUUAUCCGCGAAACCAACUACGGCUUCAGCACGUGCAAGCGCCAGGACACCCCGGCAGGGGUGAACGAGACGGCCAUUCGGUUUCGCCCGGAGCUGCUGGCGCUGGCAGCAAACAUCUCGGCGUCCAUGAAUGGCGGCGACUUUGACGCCGUGCAUGUGAGGCGCGGGGACAAGCUGCGCCCAGAGUUCUGGCCCCACCUCGACCACGACACACGCCCCGACGCUCUCCUGGAGAAGCUUCCCAGGUUCGUUGCACCUGGACGCACUCUGUACAUUGCGACCAAUGAGAAGACGCCAGGGUUCUUUGACCCAUUGAAGGCGAUCUACACCAUUCGGAUGUUUCAAGAUUUUCAUUAUCUGUGGGCUCCUGGCACACCCUGGUAUGAUGGGUAUACGCGUCUAAUUGGGCCUGACCCCAAAAUGGAUGCAUACAUGGAGGUUAUUAUAGAGUAUACGAUUCUGCAAAGUGCAGUUAGUGGUGCUUCGAGUUGCCGAAGCAUGGGAUCGGGUUCAGGCGAUGGCUCCGGACUGGACGACAUUCCCCAGGAGAUUCUCGAUCUCCUCCCGGCCGAUCCGUUUGAAAUGCUGCGAAUAUCGCGAAGCAUCGCCGUUAAAGCCAUGUCCGCGCACGCGCAGCAAGCGGAGCGAGAGUCGAGUAGCAUGCGCAGCAAUUACGAGGCGAGCCAAGGGUCUGUGAAGAGCCUUGAGGAGAAAGUAUCGAGUCUGGAGGCCUCCCUACGGGAAGCUAUCGACAAGGCGCGGCUGUCCAAUGAGAAGACGGCACUUGUCGCCAUGGUUCACAAGCUCAACCACAACGUGGCAAAGCUGGAGACGUUCAAGCGCACGUUGAUGCAACAUCUGCAGGACGAGAACGACGACGAGCCACCCUCCAUGGUGCUUGCGCUGAACUCUCAUCAUCCCGCUGCCUGCGCACCUGGUAGCAGCCUAGCAGGCACUCAUUCCGCUGCCUGUACACCUGGUAGCAGGUCACCGAUGGUGCAGCAGCUGCAGGGCGAAAACGACGGCGAACCACCCUCCAUGGUCGCUGCCAUUGCCGCUGCUUCCAAGCCAGCAACAUCAGACCCCACCACGGCCUCUGCUGGUAGCGGCGCUUCUGCUGCCAAGCAGACUGAGAAGGCUUUUUACGAGACUGUCGUGAGGCCGUGGCGCGAUUCCAAGAAAGUCGCAGAUUCAUGGGCACUGUGGGAGAAGCCAAGCGUCCUCAUGCAUGGCAAGUCUUUGCGAGAAGUUUGCGCUGACACACAGAAGAACUUUGUCACCACAUACGCCAAGUUUGCGCCUGGCGACCCCACCCCUAUGACUGUGGGCACAAGCGAACGGAAAAUGCGUCGCGUGCGGGUUGUUAUGCAAGCCGUAGAGACAUUUAGGGUGGACGACUCAGCUGCAGAGACUGGAUUAGCUGUUGCGCGCGUAAACAGGUUGUUGGAAAGGUCGAACCUCACCGCUCUUACAAACGGUCUGAUUCUCGGGGCCACUCUACCGAAAAAGAGGCCGCGUUCAGCACCGAUGUGGGAGAGGAGCACCAACGAAGAAGCGCAACGCACAGUUACUUGGCUUGUUGUCAACGAGAAGCUGCGCGACGAGGUGUGGGCAAAAUCGCUAUUUGGUGACGACGAAUGGAAGGAAAUCAAGGCGGAAGAAGAAGAGAAAGUGAGGGUGAAGGUGGCCAAGGCACAAGCUGCAUCGACACGGACUCCUCAAUAG